AUGGCCGAAACGAACGCAGCAGCGACAACAACGGCAGCAACAGCAGCGGCGGCGGCCUUCACCAACGGCACGACCGCAAGCGCCGUCAACUACGGCUUCGCGCGCGACGUCCUGCACAUCGUCAACGCCGCCGCCAUGCUGCCGUCGCUGUGCUCUAUCGCGUGCAUCCUCGCCGCCAUCUUGUCCACGCCGCUGCGUGACAAUUACCGUCACGUAGUGUUCGCCAACCUCCUGCUAAGCGACGCCUGCUUCCUCGUCGUCUCCGACGUCGUCGUCCUGCUAGUGUGGCGUGGUGUCACCAUCCCGCCGCUGCCCUGCUACGCCUACGCGAUGCUCGCCACCACCCUCAACCACGUGGGCGUCCUCGGCCUGGCCCUCAUGUCCCUCGAGCGCUACGCCGCCGUGUGCCACCCGCUGCGCUACCAGGCGCGCUUCGACCGACGCCUCGCCGUCGCCUCGCUCGGCGUCAUCUGGUUCGCCGCCUCGCUAUUCCCGCUCGCGAGGUGCGCCAUCGUGUUCGCGAGUAGCGGCGAAAUGUCGUCGGCGGUCAACUACACGAGGUGCUCCGUCGACAAGAUCGAGGGCUCGCUGCCCAACUUUGGGCCGCUCAUCGUCGUGCUCCGGGAGCUGGUGAACGGCGUCUUCCUGACGGCGAGCGUGCUCACGCUGGCGUUCACCUACGUGAAGAUCGUACGGGUGGCCCGGGGCGCGUGCGGGGACGCGUCGGGCGCCAGGAAGGCGCGCAGCACCGUCGCGUUCCACGGCGUCCAGUACCUGUUGUACGCGCUGUCGGUCGCGAACGAAGCCUUGAUGUUGGCGUUGGGCUCGUUGAUAGCCGACGUGCAGGUGUCGAGCGUCGUCAGGUUGUGCGUCUACAUGCUCCUGUUCAUCGUCUCCAGGUUCGUCGCGCCGUUCAUCUACGGCGUGCGCGACAAGGAGAUCCGUCGCCACCUCCGACGGAUGCUCGGGUGCGGCACCGGGAAGGUGGUGGAUGGAGUCGGAGCGGAGUACUGA